UGUCGUAGCUCCUUCUCCUGAACUUGGUCGUACUGAGAUUGUUUCCUAUGCGCGGUCAGUUUCUUGCCUUUUCCUGUAUUACCUCAAGCGUUCGACUUAACGCCUGCUUAUAUUUGUCAAUGACUCUUGCACACCCGUUUUAACUGCUUCUUAGCCCUAGAAGUGAGGAAGUGCCCCCAGAAACUGCAACACAGCGAUCCCCACAGUACCUUCCCUCCUGUUAACUUACUUACUAGCUUUACGUGUCUCUUUCUUUCCUUCCUGAGCAUCUCUGUAUCAGGGAACUUGCUUCGGACACUACAGAUGCUACUGUGCAGAACAAGACCAUUAGUUCGCAGAAAGCGAAGCCGAAGAAACCAUCUGCUAAGAAGAAGUCUCUCUGCCCUUUAUUACUUACUAUGUUUCUUGUACCAAAUUUACCAUAUCCUACAUUAGGUCUUAGUUUCCUGUUUACCUUGCUUCUGUUUGCAUAUUGCCAAUUGACUUUGGUUUUUUUUGCACCCUUCGUUUCAAAUGUGCCCGCCAUUGUUAUUUCGUUUGGUUGGUUGUUAACUGUGCAUACGCCACUAUUGUCUCUUGGAAUUCUUUUACUUAUCAUAGUAUCCUGCAUUGUACUUCGGUUUACUGUCCUUACCUUAUACAGCUUUGUUGGACUUUUGCAGGAAAACUGGAAGUCCAAGUGUUGCGCGUCGUCCUGCAGUUACUCUUGCAAAAACCGAUGUUCCAAUAUCGUCCCUUGAGAUCCCUACUGGACAUCCUUUGCCAACCGAAUCGGCGAAUCCUGACUCUGGAAAUCUUAAUGGCCUCGGUGUCAAUUUGCAGACAACAACACUUCAGCCUUUGUCACAGCAAUCUGUGUCUAUACAUCCUGCACCUGUACGUCGCCGUCGCUUGGUUGUUUCUUCUGAUGAAGACGAACCUGUUGUCCCUUUGGAAUUGCAAGACUUGGACGUUGAACUUCCACUGCAAGAACAGGCUAUUGAAAACUCUUCGACUUGUCCUGUUCCUACCGUUGACUCUGCUUUGCCUUCUCCUCUUCUUGCUGGCCAAGAAGUUCCGCUACUUCCAGUGGGGAAAACUAAUCCUGGGAGGGCAAAGCGAAUUAGGACACCGUCUGCAAAGGCCAUUGAAGCAUCUGUGGAUGCCUCUAAGAGGAAGCCAAAAACUCCAAAGUCGUCUGCUAAGGAACCUGCUAAGAAGCAACUGUUUGCUGAUUGACCAUGCUUCGCAUCAUGCGAGUGCUAAUGUAACAUGUUUGUGCAGUGCUGUCCCUCCCUUUCUUUUGUGUCACUUUUAAAGGGAAACACUCUUUAGUGAGUAGUGCACUAUGUACUUUUGCCUUUUGUAUCUACAUUUGCAGCCCUUGCCAAACUUGUGGUGUUCCAUUACUGGCACCACUUUUACCAAUCUGGUCUGCUGUGAC